AGUAAUACAGGAAGACACAGGUGAUGCUCACUCAUGAUAAUCAUAUUCGACUUGGAUGGUGUCACUGCAUGACCAGAGAAACCGACAAUCACUGCGAGGGUAUGCGAAUGCAAGUCACGUCGAUAUUCGGGAAACUUCAAUCUGGGGCAUGAACUCUUCAAGUCGGCUCCGGAGACCUUUUCAGCUCACUUCGUAGGCGGGGACGCUUUCAACCCUGAAAUCCUCGCUGUGGCACCACCUGCCUCCAUGCAGACAGUAGGAGUUUCAACUCCCAACCUCAGCAACCUCACUUCGUUGAAUCCGUUACGCGGAUGUGUUUCCGCAAUUCACGCAACCGCAUUCUUCCACCUGUUCAAAGAAGAUAAGCAGCUGCACAUGGCCCGUGCUCUCGCUGGUCUACUCUCCGCUGAGCCAGGCUCCAUCAUUCUCGGAGCGCACACGGGUGCUCAGAAGAAGGGUGUCGUGAAUCAAGCAUAUAAGGGCAUCGAGAUUGACAUGUUUUCUCACAGCGCCGAGAGCUGGACUGCCAUGUGGGAUGGCGAAACAUUUGAAAAGGGGACGGUCAAGGUGGAUGCACAGUUCAGGGAGAUUGAAGGUGUGGGAGGCGAUGAACGUUACCCGGUAUUGUUCUGGUCUGUGACCAGACUGAAGUAGAGUUCUCGGGUGAUCCGUUUAGGCAGUAUCCCUGAGCGAGAACAGUUUGACGUUUGCCGCCUGGUGACGAAACUAAUAACAGGUAAUGAUCAUGCAAGCAUGUUUAGAUCACUCAGGUAGAGCCCUAUGGAGAACUGUGGGUCACCGGGGAGUGG